CCAAUGGCCAGAUACACCAUCGUCGUCCUCGGAGCUGGCGGGGUGGGCAAGUCCGCGCUCGUGAUGAGAUACGGCAAAAACGUGUUCCUCGAGCAGUAUGAUCCAACAAUCGAAGAGGAGUACGAGCUCACCGUCGAGGUCGACGGCGUCCGCAGUCACCUCGAGAUCAUCGACACCGCUGGCGUGGAGCAGUUUACGGCGAUCAACGAGAGCUACAUCCAGAGGGGUCUCGGCUUCAUAGUCGUCUUCAGCCUGACGCAAGAAGCCAGUCUGAGGGAUGCGGAUCACAUACGGCAACGGAUACGCGAGCUGCGAGGAGGGGAUCAGGAUAUCCCGAUGGUGGCGGUGGGGACCAAGAUGGACUUGGCGGGAGAGCGGGAGAUUUCUGGGCAGGUGAUGCAGGACUUGGCGCAGCAGUGGGGAAUGCCCGUGUACGAGACGUCGGCCAAGAAUGGGUGGCAUGUGAGCGAGGUGUUCUCGACGCUGCUCAGCCAGAUGCGCAAGAAGUAUCCGAACGGGCUGCCCAAGCGGAAACACCGAAAGCGAGACCAGUGCAUCCUCAUGUGA